GACGCGUACCGAAUCUCCGAGCAGCCCUCCAUAGACACUCUCACUGACCAAUUAUCACCCCUGAACGUGGGGUCCGGUACAAGCGGCACGGAACAGAAGGUCUUUGAGCUUGUCGACGUCCGGCAUAUAGGCUUCGCAGUCCCGCAACCCUUGCUCGUCAAGAUCAAGUCCCGCUCGCAGCUCAGCAAGGGGCGGUUUCAUCUUAAGGAUGCAUACCUCCAGCUGUAUCUCGGCCAGAUCCCCGCCCUCUGCCUCGGGAUACACAACGGCAACGGCGUCUUCACCAGUAUCGAUGAGAUUCGGCUCGACUCGGAGCGUUGCAGCGCGGCUAAGGAGAAGGUGCAGCCGGGCUUGCGCAAGCUGCGCCGCCUCCUGGAGCAAAUCCAGAGCGCCGUUAUAGAGCGCGGCCAGGGUGCGAAGCUCAGCCUUAUCUGCCAAGGCGGAAAGCUGCUGCUUAUGCAGAGAGAGCCUGGCGACUCGUUCUUGCCGCCUACUAUACUCAAGCGCUUCACCAGCCAAGUGAUCCAGGUCAGUUCUCUCACAGGCGGCACGACCCCGAAAGAGUCCUCGGUCGUCGAUGUUCAGCGCAUAGGCUCCGCAGUUCCACAAUCCUCGCUCGUCAAGGUCAAGUCCCGCACACAGCACCGUGGCCGCAACAAACUCCAUGACAACGAAGUCUACCUCCAGCUGUACCUCGGCCAAAUUACAGCGGCCUGCCUCGGGAUGCAUGACUGCAACGACGUCUUCACCCGUACCGACGAGAUUCGGUUCGAUUCGGAGCGCUGCAGCGCGGCCAAAGAGAGGGCGCAGCCGACCCUGUGCAAGCUGCGCCGCCUCCUGGAGCAGAUCCAAAGUGUCGCGAUGGAGUGCGGCCAGUGA